UAAAUCCAACUGGCUCGUGACCCCGACAAUUUCAUUUCUCCUAUAGUAAUACCAUUCACUUUCUCUCACAUUUUUCUACUUAAACCAUAUAAUUCACUCUCACACUUCAUCUUAUAUAUUCCUCCUUUACUUUACCUUUACCUCUGCAAAAAAAAACAUCAAAUGUCUCAGCUUAAUCUUUUACUAAUUUGGUUACUCUUGUUAACUCUAUGUCUUCAUUCAUGUCCUACUUAUGGCCAAUUAAGUCGACACCACUACAGAAACUCCUGUCCCAAUGUUGAAAACAUUGUCAGAGAAGCUGUCAAGAAGAAAUUUCAUCAAACAUUUACAACAAUUCCUGCUACGCUUCGUCUCUUCUUCCACGAUUGCUUUGUUCAGGGUUGUGAUGGUUCUGUUCUUGUGUCAUCUACCCCACAUAACAGAGCAGAGAGGGAUCAUCCUGAUAAUCUUUCUUUGGCUGGAGAUGGAUUUGACACAGUUAUCAAAGCUAAAGAAGCUGUGGAUGCUGUUCCUUUAUGCAGAAAUAAAGUUUCAUGUGCUGAUAUUUUAGCUAUGGCAACCCGUGAUGUCGUUGCAUUGGCUGGUGGACCAUACUAUGAGGUUGAAUUGGGGAGAUUUGAUGGGCUAAGAUCUAAAGAUUCAGAUGUUAAUGGGAGGCUUCCUGAGCCUGGAUUCAACUUGAAUCAGCUUAAUUCUCUUUUUGCAAGGAACGGGCUUACACAAACAGAAAUGAUUGCACUUUCAGGUGCACACACUGUUGGUUUCUCACACUGCAACAAAUUCUCCAACAGAGUCUACAAUUUCCACUCAAAAACUCGAGUGGACCCUACACUCGACCUACAAUACGCAACAAAACUAAAAUCAAUGUGCCCAAGAAACGUUGAUCCAAGGGUUGCAAUAGACAUGGAUCCAAUAACUCCACAUGCUUUUGAUAAUGUUUAUUUCAAGAAUCUUCAAAAGGGAAAGGGAUUGUUCACUUCAGAUCAAGUUCUGUUCACGGAUUCAAGGUCUAAAAAUGCAGUGAAUGCUUUUGCUAGUAGUAAUAAAAUAUUCCGUGCUAACUUUGUUGCUGCCAUGACUAAAUUGGGAAGAGUAGGGGUUAAGAAUUCACAGAAUGGGAAUAUUCGUACGGAUUGUUCGGUUAUUUGAUUUGUGUAUUACAAGUUGAGAUAAUGUGGACGGUAUAAUUAAUGUCUGAUUUAUGGAAUGUGUUUGAUGUAACAUCUCAUCUAUUUGGUAAACUGAAUUGUUGCAUGUUUUACUAUUUUUAAAAUGUAACAUCUCAAAAACCAUAUUAUCAGCCAAAUUAAAUUAUGUAGAA